AUGAACUCUACUCCUCCAGCGUCCAGUCGAUCUCCGGAUUUCCAGAGUACUCAAGAACUUCUCAGGACGAUAUUGCAGUCCUCGAGGAUAUGUCUACAGCAAGUCGAGCGUCUCAAGGGUGUGUUGAACAGGGUAUAUCUCGUGCGACUAGCCGAUGGACGAGCUUAUGUUAUGAAAUGCCCUCCCUAUCGUUCAACACCGCUUCUGCGCCAGGAGAGACAUGGCAUGCAGGAUGAAUCACGGAUACUCAAACUCAUGGCGACGGCACCGGACGUUCCGAUACCUCGCAUCGUCCAUUGUCGAGAACAUGGAGGUUCUUUUGGGCCUUAUCUUCUCCGAACUUUCAUACCGGGAACCCGACUCACUGAAAUGGCACCGUACUUGACUGCGAGUGAACGAGAGACGAUCGACCGUACACUUGGACGCCAUAUGGAGAGGAUCACAUCGUCCACUGCCGGUACGUUUGGAACUUCUGCACCCGUCUUUGCAGGAGAGGGACAUUCGAACUGGCAAAAGGCAUUUCAUCACCUACUGGAAUCGACGCUACGGGACGCAGAAGAUAUGCUUGUGAGCGUGCCUUACGAAAGCAUUCGCUCUCACUUUGAAAAGCACGGACACCUAUUGAGACUCAUCACGACGUCGCAGCUAGUUCCCAUGCAAGCUGGCUUGCCUGAGAAUGUCAUUAUCGACCAACACACAAAGCAAGUAUCGGGCAUCAUAGGAUUCUCUGAUACGAUCUGGGGAGACCCGAUGAUAUCUCCUGUGCUCGCACAGGCUAGUCCAGCGUUCUGGAAGGGUUAUGGGAAAUACCCGUCCCCGUCAGAGGGUGAACGUACGCGGCAGUUGAUGUAUACGAUGUACCGAGCUCUCGUCCAGAUAGUGACAAACUACUACCGUCCAAGCGAAGACGAUCUUGAGCUGGAAGCCCGAAGGCUGCUGACUUGGUCUUUGAAUCAACUCGACGCCAUAUGA